AUGGCGGCCCAAGAACCACAGACCAAGCUCGAGCCGCUCAAAAUGCCAAACGGCCAGCCCCAAGAAAAAGUGGUCCCUCACCGCCCUCGCCGAUCUUUUGCCAUCCGUCUCUACCAUUGGUUAUGUAUUCGUCACUUGUUCAUCUCCGGACUGUUGCUCGGAUUCACUUUUCUAUCUGCCUGGGCCAUAUGGCAAGUUGAGAAGGCGGCUGAGGAGCAGCAAGUAAUCGACUACCACCAACAAAUCGAGUCCUACCUUGACGAUGUCGUCGACGAGGUCCAGGCGGAAACUCUGAAAAAUAACAAUUUGCUGACUGAUCCCGUGGUAAUGGAGGAGCUACUAAAGUCGCUGUAUGUGAAAAUGGAGAAGAAGGAGAACAUCUACGUCGGAUCGACGCUGCACAAGGCCGAGAAACCCGAGGACAACAUGAUGUGGCGAUUCUGGCCUGCGGUGUUCUAUGCCUCGAAUAUUUAUAUGACUGUCGGUUACGGUGUCAUCCACUGCUUCACGUCGUGGGGCCAAUUCUUCUCUAUUGUCUACGGCUUCGUCUCGAUCCCCUUCUCCCUGAUCGUCAUUCGCGAUUUGUCCCAAUGGAUUCUCGUGAUCCUGACCCGCAUCUACGGACGAGCCGUCAUUAGGUGGAGAAAAGACCACGGCAUCGAGACGGAUCCGAAUGAAGAAUUCGCAUUCCCCAUCAAAUUCACCGUCGUGCUAUGGCUUGGCAACUGGUUCUUCGUCGCGUUCCUUACUUACUGCUACGAUGCUAUCUGGGCACUGAAAUGGGGCGGUCCUGGUGCUGAAUCGCAAGACUACUUCGGUGCCGUCUGGUAUUCGUGGAUCACUAUUACCUCCAUUGGUAUGAGCGAUGACAUGCCGCUUAAUGCUACGACAUCUCCCCUGAUCUCCCUGUGGAACUUUCUGUCCCUUCCCAUGUACAAAAUCGGCCUCCGCAUCAUCUACAUCAUGAUGGAGAACGGAAUCUUGGGAUCGUUGGCUGUAUUGGAGAGGAAAUUGGAAGGCACUCAAGCGAUCGAAGACGCCAGCAUGGAGAAUGCACGACCCAUCCAAUCUCGCCGUGCUUCCCGAAUGUCUCGAGCUAAGACGGUUGAGGAGUCCGAGCAAGAACAGGAGGAACGCGACCGCAUCGAUCAAGACGUGACCAACUUCACGGUUAGGUCGAUUGGAGGAUUCAUGCGAUCCCAGGCCGACGCCUACGCCGGAGAUUUCGGCCGCGUGCGUGUUAGUCGCGAUUCACAUGAA